CCAGGAGGGGUGCGCCUGCGCAUUGUGCUGGUCUCCACGGCGGGGCCUCGGAGCCAAGACGAGAGAACAUGCUACCGUGAAGGCACAGUACAGCUUUCACGUACACAAGACUGGCACUGUUAUAAUUUAGUGCCCCAAAAGAAGACGGUCAAUGAACAUAAAGGGCAUUUCUGAGACAAAAUAACAUAGGAAUCUGGAUGUGAAACUUGAGCCACUGCCUGAAGGUAUGGUGAGACCAACAGAUAAAGGGAUGAUUGCCACUGGGAAACCAGCCCAUUAUUCACAGUUCUCAAAAGGAGUGGGCAUGCUGUACCACAAAGUGCCAACAAUAUAACACCAAGCCAUGAACUAAUUGGAGAAAAUGGAACUGAAGGUGAAGCCAGCAUGGCACAGCGUCACUCGUUAGGAGGCAGCUGCGACGAUGGUGGGAAGUCAGAAGGAGAAGCUCGGGGCCUGGAGCAUCUGACCUCUAUGGACUCUGGGGAUCCUUCCUUUGGACAAAAUGAUCCCCCUACCAUUUUGCCUGUUACUGCUCCUAAAACACAUGAUUCACUCACAUCACAGGAUAUGCCAGAGACCCUGACUGACACACAGGCCCUUCAUGAAGAGCAAUUUCAUCUUUUGGACCAAAAUGGGCAACCUAUUCAAUAUGACCUUCAGUGUUUGGGAAAUUCUACUGUACAAAUGACAGGGAUGGAGCAAGUGGUUAUACCUCAGGAGCCGUUUGCAGAAGUGCAUAGUCCUCAAGAUAUCUCUGAAGAGAAAUCCACUGGUGGGAGCUUAGCAGCCAUAAGAGCAGAUGCUCUAGAAGACAGCACCAGGAAUCACAGCCUUCGCUCACAAGCAGCCCUCAUGGUACCCAAGAAGCCAGGGACCAGAAUUCUUGAAGAACCUCUGCUGUCUCCUCUCCAGCCACUUUCUUGUAACACACCCAUGUGGGCCUGCCGUCUUAGGAGUUGUGAGAAAAUUGGAGAUUCCUACCGUGGCUACUGUGUAAGUGAGACUGAAUUAGAAAGCGUCCUAACUUUUCACAAACAGCAAACACAGACUGUCUGGGGCACUCGCCAGUCUCCAAGCCCAGCCAAACCCGCCACGCGUUUGAUGUGGAAGUCUCAGUAUGUCCCGUAUGAUGGAAUCCCAUUUGUCAAUGCAGGAAGUCGAGCUGUGGUAAUGGAGUGUCAGUACGGACCAAGGAGAAAAGGUUUUCAGUUAAAAAAAAUCAGUGAGCAAGAAAGUCGGUCUUGUCAUCUCUACAGAGCUACUUGUCCAGCCAGGAUAUACAUUAAAAAGGUACAGAAAUUUCCUGAAUAUAGAGUACCUACAGACCCCCAGAUUGACAGGAAGAUAAUCAGAAUGGAGCAGGAGAAAGCCUUCACUAUGCUAAAGAAGAACCUGGUGGACGCUGGUGGUGUUCUUCGAUGGUAUGUGCAGUUACCUACACAGCAAGCUCAUCAGUAUCAUGAAUCAGAGACUCCUGUUGUCCCUUUGUCACCGGCACCUUUUCCUAUGUCUCCUCUUGAAGAAGAGGAAACUAUAGUCAGAGAUGAGAACUGUGCGUUGCCCUCUCGUCUCCACCCGCAAGUAGCGCAUAAGAUUCAGGAAUUAGUGUCCCAGGGAGUAGGACAAGUGUAUGCAGUAAGGAAGCAGCUAAGAAAAUUUGUGGAAAGAGAACUGUUCAAACCUGAUGAGGUACCUGAAAGACAUAACUUAUCUUAUUUUCCAACUGUAAAUGAUAUAAAAAAUCAUAUCCAUGAGGUACAAAAAUCCUUGAGGACUGGAGGUGUGGUCUAUGACGCAGCGGCUAUUCCAGCAACGCUUCAGUGGACUACAGACAGCGGGAAUGUUCUCAGAGAGACUGUCACAGUUACAUUUGCAGAAGGAAAUUUACUAGGAGAUCCAAUUCCCAGAAAAAUGGGGACAAGUCAGACACAGACCUCUUUGUCUCCAGAGCCACUUCCCUUGCUCUCCCCACUUUCUUCAUUUCCACCCAAAAUGUUUACGCACUUACAGGCUUUGAAGUUACAGCCAAGGCUCUCCUCUCCUGAUGGACCACAAGCUUUGGUAUCAGUAAAUAGCCAUGCAUCCUCUAGUCCUUCCAGCCUUGUGGAUACAGUAGGAAAUACUGAUGUGAAUAGCCACUCUCUACUGCUUAGUCAGAGUCAAAACUUUGGAACAGAUACAUGCCUAACCCAAAACAACAGCACUUCCUCUUCCGUGGGCAAUCUCCCAGAAUCAGUUCAGAAUCUAGUUGCAAUGGAUCAGCUUGUGGAAGAUGUUGAGGAUUCAGGAAACCCGGAAGGAAGUGUAAAUAGGACUCUAUUGGGAGAUGUUCAAACCGUUCCAAUACAAAUCAUAGACAGCCAUCCAGUUCUUGUUGAAGAAAGUCUAUCUAUGAACCAAGUUAAACAAGAGCCCAAUGAGCCAACACUGUCUUCAGAAGCAAAAACUUUCCUGGACUGUGAAAAAAUAUCUGCUACAUAAAUAUUUAAAGUUUUUCAGAAUUUACAGCUCUGGCCCCUUCCAAUGUCUUAGUGGGUGGAGAUUGUCAGAGAUGGUGUAUCAAUCUCUGGACCAGAACUGGAUGAUGGGCAGUUUUGACUUAAAACUACAAUAGUUGUUGCCAAUUCUAUAUUUGUAUUUCCCUUAAGAAAUAUUUUACUUUAUUUUGUGUUCCUAUAAUUUUUAUUAUCCAGUAAGGCAAAUGUUUUAAAAGAUCAUCUGAAGUUAUCCACAGUAAUUUAGUGUGAACGUAAAUAGUUAUCUCACCCAGUUUUGGUUCUUACAAGAGAAAAGACCAACAAUAAAAGCAGUAUGUGAGUGCAUGUGUAGGUGUGUCAGAAAAUCUAAAGCUGUAAAAACAGUUUUGACUAACUGACGGGUGAGAGACUAUCAUCUGUUUAUUUGGUAAGCGAGAGCAAUGGAUUUCUAUGGUAUCACAGAGCCACCAAUCGCAUCCCUCAGUACUGCAUUUGCAAUUUAUCCUUGGCUUUAUAUGUUUAACUGUAAAUGAAUGGUACUAAAAGUCAUCUGUCAAGAAUGUCAGUGACUUGGUAAGUAUUGAAACAUUAAAUUAAUCAGAUAAAUAACAUAAGUGAAUGUAUAUGACAUGUAUUUUAUAUGGGAUUGGAAGUAAAUUCCUACCUAGAAUAGAAAAAUGAAAAAUUCAGAGAAUUGGGGGAAAUGUCAUAAUUACCUACUAUUUAUAGAUCAUUUGGGGGAACUUUUGAUGGUAGCAAAAUUGUUUUUUUAAAGAUUCAAUUUUGACUAGAAAAUAAUUUAAAUAGUAUUUACAUUUUUUCUGUACUAGAGUUCUUACUGAAUUGAUAGUAUUACGAUUUAUAUAUUUCAAGGUAAGUCUAUAUAGCUUAAAAUUUAGUUCAUAUUUGAAACUUAAAAAUGUCUGAUUUGAUAUUUGCUCAUUAAAUAAGUAUAUUUAUAUUUAUGCCUAGUACCAAAUAACUAGUAAUCAGUAUGUUCAUUAUAAACUUGUUUCUAUGGAAGAUUGGCCAGGUAGAAAUUUCAAGUGUAACUGUCAUGAAAUUAACCUAGCUGAAUGUAGUCGUAUACACCUGUAAUCCCAGCAUUGAGGGGGUAGAGGAAUUGGAUUGUAAAUUCAAAUUAGCCUAGGCUAUAUAGCAAGACCUUACUAAGAAAGAAAGAGGGAUCACCUAGAAGAUUCUUUGUCUGGAGACAUACUUGUGAAUUAUUUAAAUUUUUAUUUUUUGAAAAUAAGAAUUUCAAGUGGAUAUUAAAGUCUAAUAGUCAAAGCACGAACAAUGUAAUUUGAUAUUUGUCCUUAAUACUUUACAUGGAUUGACUUUCCAAAAGUCUAAUUUCCCAUUAUUACUCACUUUGUUUUAGGUACAUGACCUGUACCUAAAGAUAAAGCACUGUUAUUUUAAAAGGAAGAACUCUAAAAUUCAUUAUCUUUACAUCUAUAUCCUAGUCAACAUAAAGUUUAUUAUAUUUUAUUGAAAGCAAAGUUCAUAUGUAAUUAUAUGUAUGAUUGUUUGUAGGAACUGCUUUUCUUUUUUUAAAGAAAGAACUGAAGAUAUUUGUUGCCAGUAUUUAUAGCAGCAGGCUACUAAACCUGAAUAUAUUAUACUAAGUUUAAUACAACUUGUAGUCACUUCAAAAUCCAGGUCCUCUUAGUCUGCGUGUACUUAAGAGGAAUGAGAUCAAAUUAGUAUGUAGUUUAGGACUGUGUUAUAGGCAAAUGCUCUUUUGUUAUUCAUGUUAUAGAAACUGUUUUCCAAGAACAAGUAGGUUUUCAUCUUCCAAUAAUGAUUAUGGUGAAUUACUAAAUAUUUUACUCACUGGGCAGUAUUCUCUUGGACACAUUCCUUUUUAUUUGGAUUUCUAAGGAGAAAUGCUUGUUAAGAAACAAACUAGUCAAUUUCCAGUGUGGAGAGAAAGAGCAGAAGCUCCAGCGGUUACUAUGUAAUCAGGAACAAAUACAGUGAAAAUGUGUUUUUGUCACUUCAUCCUGCCAGGCGGAGUGGCAGACACCCGCAGUUCUGGUGGAUCUCUGUGAGCUCCGGGGUAGCCUGGCCCACACAGUGAGGUCAGGAUAGCCAGAACCACACAGUGAGACCCAGGAGGAAAGAAAAGAAAAAACAUAGUUCUUUCACUUCAUUCUGUUUGAAUGGGGCUUCUGUUAAUAUUUUUAUCAUGAGAACAGAAAGUUACAUAUAUUCUUCCCACAAACAAAAAGAAAACAGAAAACCGAACACUUAAAUCUCCAAUUGUAUAUUCUUGCUUUUUUAGGUAGAAACGGGAACUAUUAAUAUUUUGUGUAUUUAAAUAAGUCGUUUUUUAAAAAUGGUAUCUAAAUGAGUUUAAAAAAUUAAUUUGUCUUCUAAACUCAUAUAUAGUCACAAUAUGUCAGUGUUGGCUAAAGGUGCUUAGUAUCAGUUUUUGAAAACUAUGUUUACAUAUUUAAAUGUUUAAUUCUUUACAAAUGUACCAGAUCUUAAACAAAAGUAUAUAUAUAAAAAAUCAGUAUCUAUACUUGGCUUUCUCUUAACAACUCCACAGCAACAUUUGACAGUACCCUUUGGUUCAUGCAUUACAGGAUGCAGUGUCUGCAGUGGAGAGCUGGGCGUUUGAAAUAAGCAGUUAGAAAUUCACAAUCAUAGCCUGGCAUGUUUCUUUGUAGCUUUCAUGUUCCAAACCUCCAAGCAAGCUUUGUAUAUACACCAGGAAAUUAUAGAUAAACAACACAGGAGGCUUUUCCCUCAGUAGUAAUUUUCUAUGUAAGCAACCAAUAUACUUAGAAAGCUUUAACAUCUUAUGCAAAGUGAAUGUUUCCUAACCAUCACAGAAGUAAUAGGAAACAUAAGCUUUGAGAUCUGGUCCUGCAUUGAAGUUUUUAAUUUUAAGCCCCAGUUUGUGUUUUAUCUUGUUUAUAUCUUGUCAAACUAUAUAUUUAAUCAUGUGGGUAUUAGACAGUGUUUACUUUAUACUAGGUUUGUAAAAAGAUUUUAAAAUAUGUAUGUAUAUAAUGU